AUGGUCUGUUAUUUGAGAAAAUCCGUCUCUCUCCAUCUGCUAUUGUCAACAAGGCUGAGGAGGAAGCUUGUUCCUGGUUCACUGCAAACCACUCAGUUCAGAAUGCACCACAAAACCAUCAUUUCGAGUCCCCUCACCCUAUCCAGAGACAGGUUCCAGUUCAUCUUCGAGAGGGAGGAGGAUCUACUGACAGUGCUGAAGGACAGACCAUGGUCAUACAACCACUGGACCAUGGUGUUAGAGCGUUGGAAUCCGAAUCCCCCAAAGGAUUUCUUAACAAGUUUCGAAGUUUGGAUACACAUACGCAAUAUACCGGUCAUCUACUACACCACUGAUACCAUGUAUGAGCUGGCAUCCAAGAUUGGUAAGGUGGAGGAGAUUGCCUACGAUCCAAAAGUCUCUCAUAAGACAGAGUAUGUGAGAGCGAAGAUAACUUUCAACACUGAGAGCCCAGCCCUGGACGCUAAGAACCUUAUUAUCCCUUCUGAUGAAACGGUCAUGAUACAUUAUGAGUAUGAAAAAGUCCACAAAAAAAUGCUUCCAUUGCCUCAGGCUCACGCAUGA